AUGUCGCUGCGCACCGCAGGUCUAGCAGAGGCUGUGCGGCUCCUGCCGCUGGCGGCCGGCGGUAGAGGGGACAGGUCCGCAGGCGGCGCCGCCCCGGGGCCAGCAAGGAGGGGCGGGGCGGGGGCGGGCGCUCGUAGCAGCUGCCAGUCCAGACCGCUGGGGAUGCGCGCCUCCCCCCACUACGAACCGGCAAGAAGAGUACCAGCAACGAGAAUGAUGAUUAGUAAGGAAACUGCGGCUCUGCGGAGGGGAGAGAGAAAGGCGGGCUGCGACGAUCACGUGACCUGGCGGAAAGGAGUCACCGAGGGCGAGGGGGCCCGGAGAAAAAUUUAUGAACACAGCAUGAAAAUCUACCAAAAGUCUACUUUUUCAUCCCGAAUGAAGAAUCGUUCAUACCUGGGCCAAAUGGGAAUCUUCGCUGACACAGGUGGUACCUCAACUGAAAAACCGGGGCUAGAUCCCACUCUUAGUCUCAGAUUUACAGAAGGUGCAGACACAAAAAGGACUGUCCAUGAAUUUAUUAAAGACCACAGAGACAGAUUUAUGCUCGAGUAUGCUCUGUCAACCAAAAGAGACACAAUUCAGAAGUUUGAAAAACACACAAUAAUGAAGGAAAGACAAUUCAUGAAAGCAGAAAAAAAGCUCGAAGAAGACGCAAUGGCCUUUGAAGAGUUCCUUCGAGAAAACGACCAGAGAUCUGUAGAUGCUCUUAAAAUGGCAGCACAAGAAACUAUAAACAAACUCCAAAUGACAGCAGAGCUGAAGAAGGCGAGUAUGGAGGUACAGUUGAUGAAAAGUGAAAUAGCAAAAACAGAAUUCCUCCUUAAAGAGUACAUGCACUAUGGAUUUUUUCUGCUGAAACUGUCUCCAAAACAAUGGCAAAUCCAGCAAGCAACGAAAAGGGUGUCAAAGAAUAAAGAAAAUGUGAAUGUCAAGCUUCCAAGUAUAAUGACAAAAUGGCUGGGCCGCAGGGUGCAAGUGGGCGAGGCUCGAGGGGUAAAUAGCCGAGCUGAAAGUAUCAGUUCAGAAGACAGUUCGGAAUUCUUUUUAGAUGAUGAUAUGGACUAUGAUCUGGAGCCAGAACUUUAUUUCAAAGAACCCGAAGAGUUACUUCAGGUCCUCACAGAGCUGGAAGAGCAGAAUCUUACUUUGGUACAAUACUCCCAAGAUGUAGAUGAAAAUCUUAAAGAUGUAAAUAAAAAAGAAAAACUUAUACAGGAUAAAAUAAAUACCAACAUAGAGUUUCUUUUGGAACACAAGGAAAUGCUUAAGGUUAACUGUGUAAGAGAAGAGGAAAAAGCAUCAGAACUGGAAUUAAGGUCCCGGCUAUUUAGUUUUGGAGAAUGUAAUUCAGAUGCUCAGGAAAAACUGAUAGACUCUCUUAGUAAAAAAAUUAAUCAAGUAUACAAAGUCUGCAUUGGAGAUGCUGAGGUUGGCAGCCUCAACCCAGUUCAAAAGCUGGUAAAAGUAGAGUCUCGCCUGGUGGAACUGAGUGAUCUCAUUGAAUCCAUUCCCAAAGAAACCGUGGAGGCAAUUGAGAGGAUGAAACAGAAAGAACGACGGCAAAAGUUGCGUGAAGAGAAAGUGAAAGAAAAACAAAAACACCAGGAGGAAAGGCUAAAAACUGCUCUGGAAAGAGCAGGAGCACAACCAAAGAAAAAGCUGGGAAGACAACUUAUGUACCGCUCAAAACCUCCAUCUGCUAACAAACGUGAACUACUUUUAGUCAAGGAUACAAGAACAAAAUCACUGGAGGAAGAAUAUUUUUUCACUUGA